AUCGGACUCGGACCUCAGAAUGUGUCACUUACGCACCUCAGAAUGUGUACCACUCAAUUUACGCCCUCCCGCAUGAUUUAGACCUACUGCGUCAAAUAGAUGUUCCUGCAGCCUCUUUGGAAAGAAAGCCAUCUCCGCUGUCACUCUUCAACAAUGUUCAUGCCCUUUGCUUUCAUCUUCACUUUGUAUAUGUCUAGUUACACCUAGUUGUAUACCUCCCUCAAUCACGUUUGACUAACGUAUCACGAGGUAUCAUGACAUGACGUGACAUGUAUACUAUAAGUAGCCUUCUCGACGUGGUCUUCUUGGUCACAAGCAGCAUACCGAAAGACUUUCAAAGUGAAAAUUUUCAGCAUAUCGCAUAUAUUAUAGUUUCCAAGCAACAUGGGAGUUUUGUCCACCAUCAUCGACCUGACUGGCGACGCUGCUACGCCUUCGCACGCCAGCAUGGCUGUCACGAAAAGCGGCACUUCUACAGCUGAUAUCCUCGACGUAGGCCCUUGGGGAACAUCAAGGUCUUCAUCCAGCAGAAGUGCUCCUUCGUCGAGCUCUUUCGCCACGCGUCACGAUUUUCCACGAGGAGAAGAGCUCUCACGUUGCUUGUUGAGACCUAAGAGCUGCGUCGUGUCAGCAAGCUCCUCUUUCGUCCAGACGCCCAGAGCACCACCUGAUCCAAGUACUUCAACAUGGCCACGACCAAGAACAAGAGGAUCUUCAACAGGAAAUAGAAUACGGAGCAAGCACUUCUCUUCAUUUUAUCAGUCGAAUAGAAAUAGACACUUGUUCAAGUCAACUUCAUCGAGGACAUCAACAAGAUCAACAACGUCAACUUCAUUCGACUUACAUCUGGAAGGUCCUGAGGUUGAGGAAUUUAGCGUGUCUGACGCAAGGGAUCCAGAGUCACGGCGUUUCCUCUACUACGCUAAAGCCAUGACAACCGUGAGCGGCGUGUUGUCUCUUGUUAUGGACCUGAUAAAUCAUCUAAAAUGAGAUUGUGAAGCAAUGGAUCUUUUUUUGUAAUUCUUCAGAAUCUUCAUCUUGUUGAUCCUCGUUGUUUGUCAUUCAUCUCAAGAAGUUCGUGACUUCAUUUUCCCAUCUCCACUCGAGACCUCCGAUGCCGUGCCAUUCUCGCGUCUAAUGUCCUGAAUAGCUGGCUGGCCUUCAGCGCCGCGCGAAUGGAUCUGGCUUGCUUUCGAAAACUGCUCGAAGAUACUCGGAGAGCAGAGCGCGAGCUGGCGUAUGAAGCCUGAAGCAUGGCGAAUGUUGAAAAGAAAGUGAGCAUGGGGAGAUAGAAGUAAAAGAAAGUGACAGGAUCAUGAUGAUGUUGUUUAUAUAUAAGGGAAAUUCAAAGCGUUUCGAGAAGAAGUAGAUACACGUCGUUUUGAUGCCUCUGCUGGGAAUAGCGGAUAAGGGCAAGGAAAGCGCAACAAAAUAAGAGCGUCAUCUUCGGAACAGUUAUUGACGUAGUAGGUUGUAGAACUGAAGAGCAUAUCCCCUAGACUGAGACCUUCAGAAAUAAAGAUAAACAAGAUGUGUUGCUG